AUGGACGCCGAAGCGCUGCCGCCCGCGCUGGCCGAGCUAGCCGAGCGGCACCUGAAGCGCAGCCGCACACUGAUGUAUCACUUCCACGCGGACGUGCCGGCCGUGCCCGAUGGGCCCCGCGCACACCUGGCCUCCAAGCUGCGCGCCGAGUACGACGGAGCGAUGGUGCUGCCGGAUGUCGUCCAGGCGCAGCAGGGCGCGAGCGCGCCCCUCGCCACCAAAGGCAAGGCGUCCGAGACGUCCGAUCUCCUUGCGCAGCUGGAGAAGGAGCGGGGCAUCACUCGCCCGGCGGCUGCAGGUGGCGCGGGCACGUCGCAGGCCGUGGCGCUGCGGUCGUCGCUGUCGCAUCCGACGGCCGCGUCGCAGCUGCAAACGGCGCUGAUUCCGCGGGAGCAUGCGGGCCACGAUACGGAGCGCUCGAUGCUGAGCAGUGCGCUGAUCCGCAAGAAGGAGUUGGCCGCGCAGCAGGCGAAGCCCGCGUACCAUGCGCCGUGGAAGCUGAUGCGUGUCAUAUCGGGGCACCUCGGCUGGGUGCGCUGCGUCGCCGUGGAGCCGAACAACCAGUGGUUCGCGACGGGCGCCGGCGACCGCAUCAUCAAGAUCUGGGACAUGGCGAGCGGCGAGCUGAAGCUCUCGCUCACGGGACACAUUUCGACGGUGCGCGGUCUCGCGGUGAGCCACCGGCACCCGUACCUCUUCUCUGCCGGCGAGGACAAGCUUGUGAAGUGCUGGGACCUCGAGACGAACAAGGUCGUGCGGCAGUACUACGGGCACCUCUCGGGCAUCUACGCGCUGAGCCUGCACCCGACGCUCGAUGUCGUCGUGACGGCCGGCCGCGAUGCGUCGGCGCGCGUGUGGGACAUGCGCACGAAGACGCAGAUCCACGUGCUGGGCGGGCAUCGCGGCACGGUCGCGAGCGUGCAGUGCCAGGAGAGCGAUCCGCAGGUGAUCACCGGGAGCAUGGACGCGACCGUGAAGCUGUGGGACCUGGCGGCGGGGCGGUGCAUGACGACGCUCACGCACCACAAAAAGUCGGUGCGCGCGCUCGCGAUCCCGCCGCACGAGUUUACGUUCGCGUCCGGCUCGGCGGGCGGGCGCAACAUCAAGCGCUGGCGGUGCCCCGAAGGCACGCUCAUGACGAAUAUGACGCACGAUGCGAUUGUGAAUACCCUCUCGAUCAAUGCCGACGGCGUGCUGUUCUCCGGCGCGGACGACGGCACGAUGCAGUUCUACGACUACGCGACGGGCGUGCCGUUCCAGGCCGCGAGCGACAUUGUGCAGCCGGGCUCGCUGGAUGCCGAGGCCGGCCUCUUCUGCUCGACGUUUGACCAGACGGGCACGCGCCUCAUCACGGGCUGUGCGGACAAGAGUACGUGGCCUCUACUGACUCCAGCAAUCAAAGUGUACCGCGAGACAUAG